CCCCACGCGUGAAAGUAAUCUCCGCCUCCGUCCUCCAACCCUCGCAUGUACCCGCCUCCUCCUCCCCCAAAUCGGGAUUCAAUCCCGACGAAACCCUAGAAAUCUUCGUCCGCCAUGAAGGCCGCCAACCCGAAGGCCAAGCCCAAGCCGAUGCCUCCGCCAGCGGCGCCGGCGACGCACAACCCUCUGCCUUCCCCCAGGGCGUCGUCUUCCUCGUCAUCAGCCGCCGAUCCCAACCCCAAGCGCACCCACCCCAACGCCGCCGCCGGAGGCAGCGCCACCGCAUCCACGCCCCCGAACCCUAGCCCGAGCCUUAACGGGGAGGCCAACCGCUCCCCUCUGCUCCCCGCCCCGCACCCGCUCCUAGGCGCACCGCAGCCCCUGCCGCCGCCGCUGCCCCCGACGCGGCCUCUGCUCACCGUGGCGGCAGUGGAGGCCGUGAUGGCCGCCAUCCCGCCGCCGCCGCGGUACGGGCUGGAGGACCUAGACCGCCGCACCGUCGCGCUUUCCGACGGCACGGUCCGCACCUACUUCGCCCUGCCUCUCGAGCCGCCGCCGCAGCUCCGCCAGCCGCUGCCACCCAUCCCCGCGCACCUCCUCGCGCCCCCGCUGGGCCCGCCGCUCCUGGGCCCCGACCGGUGGGCCCCACCGCUCGCACCCACGCCAGCGGCUGCUGCUGGGCUGCUUCCUGGGCCGGUCCUGAAGCGGAAAUGGGAGGAUCAUGCCAAUGGUGGUGCCCCCUGGGAGUCCUCGGGACGCCAGCAGCAGCAGCAGAAGCCCGGGGAGAGGCGUGAUGCGAAGCAGGCGAAGGUGGAGGUGCCAGGGGUGGACGCGAAGGCGCUGAAGAACGCCUUUCUUAAGAUGGUGAAGGUGAUUAACGAGAGUGACGCGGAUAAGAAGAAUUUGCGGGCCAAUGGGAAGCUCUUCCAGCUGAAGUGCACCGUCUGUGGAAGGGAUUCUAUAGAUUUGCAUGCACUCCUCAAUCAUGCAUACCAUGCAAAGAAUCCGGAGCAUCGUGCUGAUCAUCUAGGGUUGCACAAAGCUUUAUGUGUUCUUAUGGGUUGGAAUUAUUCCGCAGACCCUGUUCACAAAACCGCUUACCAAGCAUUAUCUACUGCCGACGCUGAAGCCAAUCAAGGAGAUCUUAUUUUAUGGCCACCAACAGUCAUCAUUGAGAACACAUACAAGUCAAAGAACAUUGGAGGAAAGGAUGGCAUGAGUAAUAAAGAGAUGGAGAGCAAGCUCAGAGAAAUGGGCUUUGCCGGUGGUGAUGUGCAGGUGCAGCCACUCCUUGGAAAGGACGGGCAGAGGUCCAUGCAAGUGAAAUUUUCAGGCAGCCUCGAUGGUCUAAGCAAGGCAUCACAGCUUGUUGAGCUAUUCGAGCGUGAAGGACAUGGGCGAGCAGCUUGGGCUCGUAUCCGGAGCAUCGUCCCCACCGCUGAUGAGGGCAACAACCCCAUGCUGGUGAAGGUGGAUGGUAAGGGGAUGCGGACAUGGGUCCUUUACGGCUACUUGGCCACGGCAUGGGACCUCGACAUUCUAGACCCGGAGUCGAAACAGAAUGCUACUGUAAAGAGCAGAAAAGAGCUCGACUUAGACUAGGACCGGACGCUGCUAGAGCUGUGUAUGUUACCGUUAAGUUGUGAGUCCAUAGAGAGCAUAAUUUGAGUGUGUUUAUCUGACUAGGACGCAGGGUUCAGCUUCCAAUCGAUUGCGUCGCGGAAUACAAAUAAUGGAUCUUGUAGCAGGAUCCAGUCCAGUGCAUGCAUCGGCUCACUUGUAGGUUGAGCAGUCGGUGGCUUUUACCCUUUACCCAUAUGUUUCGUUCCUAAAUAGAUUCUGACAACACUUUGUUCUGUUGUGGAGCCAAAGGAACGAAGAAUUCGUUUGAUGCGGUAAUCAAACUCUUUUUUUAAAGGGUA